AUGUCGACCUUUUGGUGGAAAUUAAUAUUGCUCCAGUUAUUGGUAACAGCUAUAGCACAUCCGACUGAAUGGGAAUUUGAUAAAAAACCAAAAUUGGCAAAUGAAAGAUUAAUAAUUUCUCUUUUAAACAAGGUUUUGGAGGUAAUAUAGCAAAAUUAUUAUUAAUUUAUUAUCUAUUUUAUUUAUUUUUAUUUAUUUUAUGUAGGACGAUAUAAAUGAUUUAAAUCUUGCAAAAGGUACGAAUGAUAGAGCCGGACAAAUAAAAUAUAUGUAUGAUGUGCCAUAUACUCCACCAUAUUAUUAUUUACCUACAGAAGAAAAAAUUACUCUUGACAAAUAUGAUAAUUUAGAACCAUUGUUCAAUGAAUUCCAAAAAUAUGUUAAUGAUGGAAGAGUAGAUGGCAAUAGAAUUAAAAAAAGUGAGUUGUAAUGCACUACUUUAAUAUCUGUAAAACAUACUUAUUAAGUAUUAUAGUAUCUUUUCCAGUUUGUAAUUACAAGAUUUGCAAUGUAAUAUCAAAGCCCAAAGUUCAUCGAUCAAUCAUGAGGGAAUCUGAGAAGGAGCUUUAUUAACAAUCAAGUUUUAGAUCAUCAGCAUAAAAAAUAAUUUUAUAUUUUAAUGCUUUAAAAGGAAACAUACAUUCUAUGUACAUUUAAUAAUAGUUUGAUAUGUUGUAAAGUUUUACAUAUAUUAUUAUAAAAUAUAAAUCAUACUAAACAGUUAGUAGUGAUCAUAUACAUAAUUACAUACAUAACAUUUAAAUCAAAUUAAUAUACUAAUUACUAUCACUAUGUUUUUUGUAUACUUUCGGUAAAUACUCAACUACCUACCUAAUACCUACAUAUAAUAUGAAUUGAAAACCAAGAUAAAUUAAAUAAGUAGCAUCUAAACAAAAAUGUAAAAUUUUGAGGUAAUAGUUCCGUAUGCUAUCUGCAUAAGAAAUUGUAUUUAAUAUUGGAGAGGUUUUCAACUUUUUUGGGCCAAUGGCUCUUCUGAUUUUUAAAUCCAAAUUAGCGGCUCCCUUACGAAUAAUAAUAAUAUAAAAAUUAAUAUAAAAUAUACAUUUACUGUAUUGCCUACUCUACUAUAUUUACUAUACGCUCCUUUGAUACUAAAUCCCUGGGAAUUAGGAUGAAAACCAUUGUACUAUUGCAUUAAUACAAAUGCUGUAUAAUAUCUACAAAUAUUAUUUAUCUUGAGUAUAAAGUAUAAUAAUUUUUUUUUUUUUUUUUUUUUUUUAAUUAUAAUACAUACAAUCUGUAAAUACUUUUUACAAUAAGCAUGUUUGAGGAAUUAUGGAAAAAAAAAAAAAUAAAUAAAUAAAAUAAAAAUAAAAAAAGGCGAGAUCGACAUGAGGAAGUAAUCACCCAGCGGCAACACUUACUGACUAUAGAGGGCUAUUAUAGGUCACGGUUCCAGUUACGUUUUAACCUUCUAGGUGGAUUACCUGGAAUGGAAUUGGAGUUUAGGGCACGGAUUAGUAGAUUAGAGUGGUUUGUAAGACGCGCGCGGAAAAGUCUAUAGGCAUUUUUGGCUUCUUCAUGGACAGUUAAAAUUUUUAAGUCUGAAUGUCCACACCUUUGUGGUUUGAAACAUACGGAGGAGCGCCUGUAAUCAUUCGCAAUGAGGUCGAUUGGAAUGCUUGGAUUUUGUUAGUAUUAGACUUUUUUGUAACUUUUUUUAAAGUAUAAUAAUAAAUAGGUAAUUAUGAAAUACUCCCUAAAUGUACCAUAUAUGCUAAAUCUAAUCAGUAAAUUGCCUUGGUUUAAUUUGUAUAUGGUAUAAAAAAAAUACAAUGCUACUAAUUUGUUCGAGAGACAGUUUAAAAAAGAAUGGUAGCGUUCUAUAAACCAUAAAGGAAACAUACUUGAACGAUUUUUUGAAGACAUAAAAGACAAUUUUUAAUUAUAACUAUAUGACAACCUUCAUAUAUAAUCACAUAAUACAGAUAAGAUGAUUUUUUUUUUUUUUUUAUAAAGUAAUAAUAAUUUAAAAAAUAAAAAAAAUUGGUGAAAUAAUAAAUUUGAUGGUUGAUAUGAUUUUUGUUACAUAGAUGGCAUAGGGCAACUAGAAAGUUUAUACAGAUUGCAUACAGCACAGCUACUAUUGUUGGUCUAUUAUUUGAUAGGUAUUUAUUUUUAUCAAAUUUUUAGAAAAUUUAGUAAUAAGGUUGAUAUGGAUCAUUAUCCAUAAUGUUUCAUAUUAUUUUAAUGACUACGAUUUAACAUUUAAAAAAAAAAAAACAAUAUGUUUUGUAUAAUGGAAAUAUUAAAUACAAAACAAUAAAUCACCGAAUACUAUAAUAUACUACAAUUGUAUUAUACUACUCCCAAAUAAAAUGAUGAAGUUUGAUCAUACAAAUUUUACAGAAGAUUAAAAAUUGACACUUCUAAAAGGCACAUCCUUAAUACUAAAACCAUUUAUAUACAUUUAGGGAAUCUGAAAAGGAUAACAAAGCUAAAAUAUUUCCUUUUACUUGCAUCAUUGAGGUUCAAUUCAUAUUGAAAUUCAACACAACUUUCAUCAUUUCAAUUCACCUAUAAAACCUAGUCUUAAUUUUUGAAGAAAAUUCACCAAAAAAGGGUCAUUCUAAAAUUUUGAAUAACACAACUAUAAAAUAUUUUGUGUUACCAACCUACUUUUAAAUUAUAAUUAUUAAAGUCAAAAUUGGAGGUGGUGUAUUUACAGUUUAACAUCAAUUGAAAAUAUAGGCCAGAAGUCAUUUAUUUUAAGGGGACAUUGCGUUAAACAAGGAGGUACAUAGUUAACCAUUUUUGUGCCACUAAUUUUUUUUUUUUUAUAGCUUUGUUGGUAAGUACUUAGGUAAUCACUACCAACCAAGAAAAAAAUCUACAUAAUAAUAACUAUAACUAAAUUAAUAAACCUUUGUUAUGUAAAUAUUUAUAUGGAUAUCAAUUUGUUUUAAAUUAUGGAUAAUAAUCCAUAAUCCAGAACUAUGUAAAAUAAUGAAAUAUGGAUUUUUUUAAAUCUCAUCAAAUAUUAAGCAAUACUGGUAGAUAAUUAUUAAGUGUGUACAUACAUAGUUCAAAGUAAAAUCCUGGAAAGAAGUAUUAUGCUGAGCUGAUUAGUGUUGAGCUCUUCGAUUUUCACCAACAAUAGUAAUAGUUAAAAGAAUUUAAAAUACAAUUAAAAAUCAAUUUGAAUUUACAUUUUACUCACGACUGUACGACUCAAGAUAAAUAAUGAAAAUAUAUUACCGUAUUAACCUAUUUACCGUACACACAUAGGUUAUCUGUUAUCACGGAGAUAACCACAUUAACGAUGAUAAUGCCUUAGUACAAUUUAUGGAUAGAGCCACGGGUUAUAGAUUAAUAUGUUUAUGUAUAUUAUGUUAGCGACGAGUUACCAAGUAAAUUAUUAGCUAAACUUACAAAAAACUGACCAUGUUUAAUUUUUGAAAUUGACUUGUUUGAAUAGUUGAAUACGGUAAUUUUUAAGCAAUUUAUUAACAUUUGAUAUUAUAUUUAGUUUUCAUUGGGUUUUAUGCGCAUGGAAAAAACUGUUUUGACCGAACGAAAAUGUUUGAAAUUUUUAUACUACAUUCAUCAUAGGAAAUGUAGUAGUUUCUUUUUAAUACGCGUUUAAAGUUCAAAUUUUAAUGGAAAUCUUAAAAAUCACGCAGCAUUUCGCGUAUUAUUUUUUUUUAUUCAAGGUAAAUAAUAUUUUUCGACCAGACCAAAUUAUUUGACAAUUUUACACAUAGAUUUGUCAUAAAUUGUUGCAAAUGGAAAGUGGCUCCGUGGAGCACAAUUCGAGAAUUUGCUGCCUUUUAGUAAAUUGAGAUUUAAUAUUUUUUGAAUUGUUGUUUAUUUUAAAUAAUACAAAUAACAUCGUAGGUAGUUUGGUUGUAAGUAACGUAACUGAGGGGGGAGGCGAUGAAGACAUUAACGAGAAGUUAAUAAAAUUGUUUUUAUUAUAAAUUUAAACGAUUUAUUUUACAUUAAAUAUAAAUUAUUACAUUUUUACUGUCCGAUUUCCGUGCCUAUUAAUAAUAUUUUUAUUACAUUUAUACUUCAUGAAUAAUUUUCUUUUGCAAAAUUUUCAAUUAUCAAUAAUUUUAGGUGGUUUAAUUUCGAACUGACGAAUAUUGUAUACCCUGUAAAGGUGCUGCACUAUUGAACUACGUGAUUGUUUUGAGAAAAGUACAUUGGUAAUAAUAAAUAAUUAUAAUCAUCAGAACGCAUUGAUAUACUACGCAAGAAAUCGUACACCUAUAUACGUUUCUGUGGGUUACAUAAAGCCCACUGUAUAGUCCGUGACAAUUAAAAAGAAAACAAGUGCAAUUAACGAAGAGAAUUGUGUAAUAUUUAGGCCCAUUUCCAGAUCAAUCCACUUUUUCUCUACAUUUUGUAUUAUUAUUGUUAUUACUUUUUUUUUUUCUACACACGCGGAUUAUAAUGCGGACCGAGUUUUAAUGUCGGUCGCUUUGCCUCAGCAGUGCUCAAACUAUGUACGAUUGAAUAUUAUUUAACACGAUUUUGGAAAAUAUCAUUGAUGGUUAGAUUUUUAUGGAUAUAAUAGGCGUAUUAUACAAUUUAUGAAAUAAUUCCCGUGCCAGCGGCUAAAAAGGACAAACAAUUAUUUGUUUAGUCAUUUAUACGGAAACGUUGUUAUAGCCAGUUUUGGUAUUAAGCACAGGGACGGCUACUUAGACCGGCACCGAUGAUCCAGUUUUAAUCGAGUAUAAAACGCACGGCUCUUGUCCAGAAUGGAUCAUACAACAAUCAACUUCUUACAAUCGUAUUAUCUCUCAUCCACGUUUUAAUAGAAUAAUCGUCAUGAAAUCCGUGAGUAUUUUUUCACAUUAUAUUAUUUAUUAAUUUAUUAUGUCGGUAAAUUCGUUUACACUUUAUAAAUAUUUUUGAUUGUGACGUAUGCAAUAAAUACAUCGCAUCAUAUUUAGUUUUCAAAACGUCUUUGUGUUAUAGGAUUACAUUUUCUCUACGUGUUCUUUUAGAAUGAUUGAAUUAAAACUUUCGAUUUAACGUCGACGAUAGAAAAAAAAAAACGGUAUAAUUUCACCUCAGAUUUUCAAAACGUUGUAUAUUUUGUGUACCUCUGUACCUAUGUACAGCAGAAAACGAUCCAUCAUUUAUGUCAUAAAGCGUUUUACACAAUAAUAUAUUAUUAGACGGAGAAAACUAUAAGUCGAAUACAGAAAAAAAAAAAAACUAUACAAUUUUUCGAUAUUUUGACAUUUUUUCUCAGACCCAAAAGCUAUACUUCAACCGUAUGGUGUAUUAUUUGCCACUGCGGUAGUAUUUGUAUUUCCGAAUUAAUAUAAUUUUAGGUAUUUAGUUUUAUACUAGUAUUUCAAAAAAAAAAAAAACAACUUAAAUCAACAGUCAAUAUUAACAAAUUAUCCAACGGUCGAUAACUAAAAACAAUAUAAACAAAUCACUAGGGCAGUGUUCCAACAUACAAUUUUAAUGUCUGUAUAAAAUAUUGUAUUUUUUAUUCUUAAUAUAAACACAUUUCUAAUAUAAAAAAUAUUGUGUAAUAUGUUUUUGAUUUUUAAGAAUGUAAAAUAUAUAUUAUAUGAAAAUAAAAUUAUAACACUUUUAUAUGUUUGCGAGAAUUUUUUAGGGGUGCUUGGUGGGCUUUUUCGGGGGGAUAAGCCCCCCAAAGCCACCCCAAUUUCCGCCAACGCUUAAGCGAUAACUUAGGAUUUUACCGGCGAAGUUAGGUUUACAUUUUAGAUGUUUAAACGUACGUUGUCGUUAUCGUAUUUAUACCUGUACGUUAUUAUGUUUUCAGUUCGUAGCUACCACUUUGCUGUUGGCCGUGGCCGCGUGCGCAAUCGCCGAAGAAGCCAAGUCACAAGACGCCAAGACAACGGAAAAGCGUGACGUCUACGGGCUUGGAUACGGAUUACCCGCGGCCCCCGCGUAUCACGCACCGCUCGACUACCCAACUUCCAUCGUUUCGCCACUGAAAUACCACGCUCCGUACUCGUACCCUCUGUCCUACCACGCUCCUCUUUCCUACGACGCCCAUCUGCCCUACCACGCGCCAAUCUACAAGGCCCCGUACUACCCGUCGUUCUAUUGA